GCAACGUAUUUCAACUGGCCUACGGCGACAUCUUACAACAAUGGCAUUGAUAUAUUCAGCGAGUCAACAUCAACUGCAAACGGAAUUCUCGGAUCGUCGUUUAGUGUCACGAAUGAUUGGGAUAAUCAUAGCAUCAAUAACAAUAAUAAUGAUGCUGCUUUAUUGGUCAGUCAGUUCUGGGAAUGGGGGGGUCUUCAAGAUGUGCAAUCGCCCACCUCCCUUUCGUCGCCCCAAAAUUUCUCAGUUGGAUCACCCACUCAACCGCUAACCCCGCAGUCCCCGCCGCAACAACCUAGACUACCUAUAUUUGCACAAAUCAGUAAUGCAUCCUCGGUAUCCUCCUCGCUAUCAUCCUGA